AUGGCUGGCGGCGGCGGCGGCGGGGAGGGGGACAUGCCGAAUGAGGAGCCGUUCAUCGCCAACCUCCUCGUGGACGCCGUGGAUGACCGCUUUCAGAAAAAUCGCUUCAACGUUGAGUUCGCCUUUCUACGCGACACCACCGUGGAGACGGUGCUGACAGAUCUUGAAGAGGCCUUAGUCGGUAUGGGCCUGCGGCUGGCGAUUCCGUACAACCAAUGCGCACUGGCGUACGACAGCAGCCGCAACAAUAGCAAUAUCAACAACACUGAUAUACGCGACACUUUAGAGGAAGGCUUACGCACGGGGGAUGACGGAAGCAUUGCAGUGCUUUCCGGGAAGGAUUACAUCUUAGAAGCGCCGGAGGUGGAGGCCUUUUACGACCUCAACCGCCGCUGCGGCUUGAAGCGCGUCGCAAUAUUCCUCGUCGUGCGGAGAUCGGCAGGUCCUCUACUGACACAUGGCACUUCCCAUGCUUUGAAGGAGAUGAGCAGCUCCGCGGCCGAUGGCGAAGGAACGGCAGCAGCUAAAGAGGUAGGAGGACUAGAGGUAUACCUCCUCUCCCGUCAGCUACAGUUCGACCAAUUUCCAGAGGCGUUAGAAACCUCAACCAACGAUAAUGACGAGAUGAGUAACGACUAUCAAAGUGCCUUGACACGCGUUCGAGCGAUGGUGAAUGCGGAGGAGAAGUCUAUACUCACCGCCCGUCACCAGCAGCAAUACCCACACCGAGAACCACACUGGUCGAUUCAGCUGAAUAAGCCACCCUCUCGGCUGGAGUGGUUGAAGGCGCUUGAAGCAGAGGCUGAAUCAUACGACCGUCUGACCGCUCAGUUCACACAGGUAACUUCAGCCGAAGUGGCACGGCAGGAGAAGGCGCGUGCCGUGCUACAGGAAGAGGUGACAAAGCUCCAUGGGCGGAUUGAUAGUGCGAAGGUCAACGUCACGAAGCGACAGGUGUUGCAGGAUCGGGUUGAGGAACUCAAGAUGGAGAUAGAGGCACAGCGAGAAAAGGAACAGGAGCUUCUUCAAGCGCUAGAAAAGGUGAAGGUGAAGGAGGUGCGAGACCGUUCACCACCGGGGCCCCCACCUACUUCUUCGGUGCUAUUGGCGCGGCAGGACGGCCGUAUUUCUUCCCAGCAUCGAACACCCGUAACGCAUGAACCUGUUCCGAACUACUCUGCCAUUCACGGUUCCAGUGCAGGAGCGGCUGCUGGCGGUGGUGGCGGCUCGAAUUUUCUGUCGCCGUCACUGAGCGAGGAGGUACGUCGCGCACUAUCGCCACGUGCUGCUUCUCCCCUGAGUGCACAGCAGCAGAAGCAGCAGCAGCAACAAACCGACCUCCAAAGGCUGCGCCAUCUCGCCGCGGAGCUCAGCCAUCACCUGCGCUCGCAGAACCCUAACCCGGCCGAGCGACAUCGACUCAUGGAGGAGAUACGUAGGCUUAGACAGCAGGUGGAGCAGCGGCAGGCGGAAGAGUCCCGUGUGACAGUGACUCCCUUGCGCUGGCGUGGCACGGACGGUGCUCCUUAA